AUGGCAGAUACCAAGGUCAAGGUCAAUGGCCGUGGCCAUGGCCACAUCAAUGGCGAUGGUACUGCUACUCCUGAAAAGACACCCGUCAACAAACAUACCAAACUAUGGCAGCUCCUCGCUCUAGCAAAAGAGGUGUCCAAAGAUGUUGGGUCUAUCGAAGACUAUGAAAAGGACGCCGAGGAGCGCAAGAUCCUCGCAGCAGAACUUGAAGCCAAGCAAGGCGAGAACAAGCGUCUGCGCGAGUUCAACGACAAGAUCGUGCGCGAAUUCUCAGAGCACAAAACCGCGGCAAGUGCAAAGACAGAUAUGAUCUUUGCCGAGUUUGAGCAAAAGUACAAAACGUACGAGUCUGAAAAGGCGGCUGUAGAAGCCAUGGAAAAGGAGGUACAGGAAGCGAGGGAGAUGCUCGCUGUGGCAGAGAAGAAAGCUGCUGAGGCGGAUAAACUGAAGCAGAGAUUGAGUUCGUCAGAGAUGCAUGCUAAGAACCAUGCUGCUGAAAUUCGAGAGAUGAACGCUGAGUGUGAACUGCAUCGGUCGCAGAUGCAGACCGGCGCGGAGGAGCUUGCGAGUGUCAAGACCAAGCUGAGCAAGGCGCAGAGUGAUCUAGGAGAGGGGAUACUCAAGGACUAUGGGUCUGAAGAGGUCAAGAAGCUGCGCUCUGAUCUUCAGGAUUUGUCGACGAAGGUUCAUGACUUUGUGAACGAGCACUUUAACUUUCACGACGGCGCAGUUGACUCAGCGAGCGAGAUCCAAGAACUCAAUGCCCGCUUCCCGAAAAUUCCCCUCUCGACUCGCACAACCAAAGCAGCUGCCAAGAUGCGCUGCGCGGUAGCAGAUGCCGUCAUUGCAGAAACACUCCUGUCACACAUCUUUGUCCCCUUCUACGUAGCCCACGACAUGCGCUCCACAGCCUCAAGCAUGCUGAGUUUCUUCAAAGGCGACGAGCGUCGCGAGACGGUAUACCGCUGCCAAAUCCUCGGCUCGCUGACAGACUCUGAGCAAGUUGAGACUAUCCAAGAGGACAUUGUUCGCAAAGCGAGCAACGAGGUACGAACGCUGUUUAGACAAGCUGUUACACUCUGGGCGGAUGCGCAGCGAUCGAGGGAUAUGAUUACUGCUGAACUUCCUGAUGAGGAGGAUUCGAGAGGUGCUGGAGAAUAUAGUGAUUACGAUGUUGGGAAUGUUGCUACUCGCAAGACUGGCAAGGGAAGUCCCAAGCCAGUGGUUUUGGCCGUGCUUUUCCCUCAGUUUGUAUGUCGCGAUGAAGUCAUUGCUGAGGGAAUCGUGCUUAGAUCUGAUCAAGCUAUUGUGGUUGAGGGGGUUGAGGAGGCGCAGAGUAAUGAGAAUGGGAACGGGGAUGCGAAGAAGAAGCCGGGGACUCGUCAUGACUAG